AUGUGUCAGCUAUCUUCGCACGUCAACUGCAAAUGCAAUUCAAAUCCCGAGUACCUAGUUUCAAUUGAAGACCACGAGCAACCCAACAUGAUCACCAAUCCAUUGAUCCAGAAAAGCACUGGCAUAGCAUCCCAGCAAGAAAAUGAUCCAACAAUGCAAACCCAGAAAACCCAUCUCAGGGAUGCCUUCAAAGAAGUAAUUUCCAUAUCCAAAAUAGCUCUUCCCAUGAUCCUCACUGGUCUUUUGCUAUAUUGUCGUUCGAUGAUCUCCAUGCUCUUCCUUGGUCACCUUGGGGAACUUGCCUUAGCCGGUGGUUCACUCGCAGUUGGUUUUGCUAACAUUACUGGUUACUCAAUCCUCUCUGGUCUUGCUGUGGGAAUGGAACCAAUUUGUGGCCAAGCCUUUGGUGCCAAAAAAUUCACCUUGUUGGGUCUCUACUUGCAAAGAACAAUUCUUUUACUUCUCUUCACCUCUGUUCCCAUAUCUAUGCUUUGGCUUUACAUGAAGCAUAUCCUUCUCUUGUGUGGCCAAGACGAAGCUAUAGCCACACAAGCCCAAUCAUAUCUUCUCUAUUCCAUUCCUGACCUCUUAGCACAAUCCAUUUUACACCCAUUACGAAUUUACCUUCGAAGUCAAUCCAUUACUCUGCCUCUGACCCUUUGUGCCACUUUGGCAAUUGUUCUUCACAUUCCCAUCAAUUACUUUCUUGUUUCUCACCUUAAUCUUGGUAUCAAAGGCGUGGCUCUCAGUGGGGUGUGGACUAACUUCAACCUUGUAGCUUCUUUGAUUCUGUAUAUAGUCUUCUCUGGGACCCAUAAGAAAACAUGGGGAGGUUUCUCUCUUGAGUGCUUUACACAAUGGAAAUCACUCCUCAACUUGGCCAUUCCAAGCUGCAUUUCCGUGUGCCUUGAAUGGUGGUGGUAUGAGAUCAUAAUUUUGCUAUGUGGGUUGCUGAUAAAUCCAAGAGCAACCGUAGCUUCCAUGGGCAUUUUGAUUCAAACCACUUCUCUGCUCUACAUUUUCCCAUCAUCAAUGAGCUUCAGUGUGUCCACUAGAGUGGGUAACAAACUAGGUGCCCAAAAGCCCUCAAAAGCAAGGCUCUCUGCUAUUGUGGGCCUAUCUUGCAGCUUCAUGUUAGGUGUCUUAGCUUUUGUUUUUGCUGUAAUGGUUAGGAACACUUGGGCCAGCAUGUUCACACUGGACAAAGAAAUAAUAAGCCUGACAUCUAUGGUGUUACCGAUAAUAGGGCUUUGUGAGCUUGGAAACUGUCCACAAACAACGGGGUGUGGGGUGCUAAGAGGCACAGCAAGACCAAAAAUUGGUGCAAACAUCAAUCUUGGAUGUUUCUACCUUGUGGGAAUGCCUGUGGCAAUUUGGCUAGCUUUCUUUGCUGGUUUUGAUUUUCAAGGCCUAUGGCUUGGCUUACUCGCCGCUCAGGGUUCAUGUGCAGUGACCAUGUUGGUGGUUCUGAGUCAAACUGAUUGGGCUGUUGAGGCUCAAAGAGCCAAGACACUAACCGGAACAGUAGCUGAAAGUGUUGUUGGGGACAGCAAAGAUGUUGAUGCAGAGAAGCUUCGUAAAGCUGAAAUUAAGGAAGAUUCUCUACCGUUAGCUGAUACAGAUGAAGAUAAACAAUCAUUAGUUUAA